AUGCUUUAUUGGGUGUUUCGUACAGCUUUAAUAUUUAUUAUAGUUCCAAAUGAUGUCGGAGUUACGGCAUUACCAAGUCUCCCCAAAAAAAAAGUUCAUGAAUAUAAAUUUCAUUUAUCCAAAAUAGAGUUAGCACCUGAUGGCUUUACAAAAUUAGUUUCUGCGGUUAACGGACAAUAUCCCGGUCCUCUCAUUGAAGCAAAUAAAGGAGAUCGAUUAAUUAUUCAUGUAGAAAAUUGUCUUGGAGAACCAACCGCAAUACAUUGGCAUGGAAUGUUUCAGCACGGAACUCCUUGGUUUGAUGGUGUGGUAGGGCAAACUCAAUACGUUAUUCCCGAUAAAUGUAAUUUUACUUAUGAUUUUACAGUAGAUCAUCAAAGUGGAAGUUAUUGGUAUCAUUCCCAUCAUAGAGGUCAAUAUAUGGAUGGAAUUUUAGGGGCUCUCAUAAUUUAUGAUGAUUAUGAUAAAAUUCUUUAUGGCUAUGAUGAAGAUGUGAUCGUAAUUAUUACGGAUUGGUAUCACAGCAAUGCCGCAGAAUUAUUUAAGUGGUUCUUGUCACCAGCUAGUAAAGGAGCCGAGGUUUUUGAAGGAACUAAAACCGUACCAUAUCGAAUUAAUCAAUUACCAAUAAAUGUUGCCCAACGAUAUUCAGUUCUCGUUGAUGCUAAUCAACUGAUUUCAAAUUAUUGGAUGCGAAUUAAGUUUCAACAAGAAUGUUUACCCGAUGAAUUUGCAUAUAAUCUUACCAUAGAUAAUAAAGCUAUUAUACAUUAUGAAGAAGCAAGUCAUGAACAUCCCACUACUUCUCCUUGGACCGAUAAAAUUGAAGAAUGUAUAGAUUUAGAUCAAAAUAAAUUAAAACCUUUAGUUCCUUGCCCCCCUAAAAAAUGUGAUAAAAGACUCGUUUAUAUAGUUGAAUUUGAAGAAGAUUCUAAUGGAGUUAAUAGACCUUUUGUGAAUGGUUCUUCAUAUGUAUCUGAUGAUGAAUAUCCAACCUUGAAAAAAGUAUUUGACGGUGUUACAGUAUUUGAAAAAUCUGAAAAUAUUUAUCAACUUCAUAAAAAAGAUAAAGAUGAUGGAGAACAUCCAUUCCAUUUGCAUGGACAUGCAUUUUGGAUUCUGGGAUGGGGUAAAAAGGAUGAAAAACUCGAGUAUGACAAAUUGAAUACUAUUAAUCCUAUUCAAAGAGAUACAACAACAAUGCCUGCUGACGGUUGGAUCGUUUUAAGGUUUGUUGCAGAUAACCCUGGUAUUUGGGCUUGUCACUGUCACAUGGAGUGGCAUCUUGGAGCUGGUUUAUUGGUUCAAUUUGUAGAAUUACCUGAAAUUAUUAAAACUCUUAAUCCUCCAAAAUCCUGGUAUGAUUUGUCCCCUAAAUAG